UCGUUAGAACGAAUAUUACCUAUAUUUGCUAACUUCUACGUCAUCAGAUGGCGAGUUGUCUUAUUUGCACUCAUACCACUGACAUCUUUUUAUAUCAAUAUUGUUGAAAUUACACACCUGAAUAAGUAGAUCUAAAUUGUAACCAAAUGCUUGACAUGUGGUUAAAAGAUAUAAUCCUAGUAUUAUGUUCAAUAGAAUUAUCAUACUACGGUUUAUUUUCAUUGACAUAUUCACUUAAACGAGUUAAAAAUUUUGAACCUCUUGUUUGAUCGUGAUGUUUAAAUCAAAGACAGUAUUACUAUGUAUACAUGAAGAGGAAGGGAUUUUCCUAUCUUAAACUUCCGGAUUGUAUACUUAUAAACCUUGAAAAGAUUUUUGAAGACGAACGUUAUCAGUUUUCAGGUUACUUCCGUCAAAUAUCGUUGUUCAUUCCGUUGUACGAAGUACGAAGGUCAUGGACAAUAUGAUUAAAGUCAUCUGUAUACUAAUGUCUGUAGUUUCCGAAGUUGAAAGUAAUGUGCAAUGCAAUACAGAGCUUAAACCUUUUAUGUAUCCUCCGCUUUUCAGUUUAAAUUCACAAAAUAUUGAAAGCAUUGGACGACAAAUACAUAUUCUUACACCUACUAAUUGCAGUGUAAAUGUUACGAAUAUCAUUACUCAUUUUGAUUUUCCCACAAAUAACAAACGUAUUGGACUGUUUGGCUUUGUCUGCCACCAUCAUAUCAAAGUGUCCUUUGGUGAUUUACACAGAACAAUGCUUCAGUCGAAUGUAAUAGGAUAUGUCCAGCUAAUGAAAUGCCAGUUUGACGUAGAGGAAAUGGAUUUAUUUCUAAGCAUAACAAACUCACGUGUUUUUACGAUAAAUAUUGGGAACUUUUAUUCUCCUGAACACCAAACCAAAACAACUUCAUGUAAAGGAUUCAAACGAAUUGUUUCAGUCAGUCUAGUUUCCAUACACAAUGAUAUAAUGAGCUCUAUAGAAAACCUGUUUAAUUGUAAUGACGACAAUUUCCAAGUGAAAGAGAUAUUAAUAGGUCAGUGCACGGGACAAAUCAAUCAAACUAUAAUACGUCAAAAGUUUCCACGUCUGCAGACGCUCAGUCUUGUAGAUUGUAACAUAAGUGGAACAUUGGAAUUCCCAUGGGCACAAGACGUGUCUCUUCUUCCCGAUAAUCUUUCUAGAUCAGAUUACAUGCAGGAUCAUUAUAGUAAGUCUUUACAUCUUAGUAUUCCUCCUAACAUCUUUAGAAGACAGCUAACGCUAACAAAUAAUGAGAUAACUGGACAACAACAAGUUAAAAUUUAUGGUUUAUUGCAUUUUGUCAAAAUUUCAAAUAACAAUAUAUCCGAAAUUGACGAAAACCUGUUCAUGAAUGUUUUAGGACUUCAGGUUAUUAUAAUAACCAAUGUUGGGCUACGAUUUAUAGGAAAAUCUACGUUUUCAGGACAAAAUCAGCUGACCUAUCUUGACCUCAGUAAUAAUGAAAUCAAUGAUUUACCAUCGACAGUAUUCAAUCAGUUACCAAGCCUGAAAUAUAUUUGUUUAUCGCACAACAACUUACAAUACUUACGUGAAAAACUUUUUAGUGACCUUGAACAAUUAAUGGAAAUAAAUUUAGAAAACAAUAUGAUAACUGCAAUAACAGAUGGCGUUCUUCCAGUAAACAGUAUAACAUUAAAAACUCUUAUACUUAGUCAUAAUCCAUUGGUUGAGUUCCCGGUCUGUAUUCUGUAUAUAAGAAGUUUAAGAAAAGUUGAACUUAAGUCAACUUACAUAUCAUUCAGAAAUAUGACAGCUAUUCUUGAAAAAGUUGAUACUAGUUCGCUACUUAGAAGUGUAAAUCCAUCAAGCAGCUCGAUUGAAAGUAAUUUUUUAAGGACAACCGAUGAGUGGAGAAUAGUUGAUCUAACCGGAAGUAGAGUUACUGGAUUCUUUAUCGAUGAUGAUAUGUGCUGCCAUGCAAGACGUGUUAUGUUGGUAAUGCUGAAGCAUUUCAAAUUCGAAAUAAAAGAAAACCACUUAACAUGUUUUUCGAAUAUUAUACCUUUUAAUAAAUUAAUGCAAAAUUUCACAGAGAGUGGACAUUGGACAGGAGACGAAUACUUUUUUACUGAUUGGUUCUGUGAAUAUCCGAGGGAAUUCGAAAGGAAAUCAGUUCUCUCAAUUAAAGCAGAGGAUACGUAUUCACAGGUGAAUAUUUCUGAAUGUCCGACUUUGUGUAAGUGCUAUUUCCGGGAAGUAUAUAAUGUGACUAUUGUUAACUGCAGAGGCGUAGGACUAAGUAAACUACCACACACUAUGUCCUCUAGCGACUUGGAUCUGUGGUUAGAGAAUAAUAAUAUAUCGAAAUUAAUUUUCCGAAGUUACUUGAGCAAUGUGCGCCAACUGAUUCUAUCGCACAAUAGAAUAGAAAAUAUUGAUCCCACUAUUUUCCGAAAAUUGGAAAAUUUAAAGAUUUUAAAGCUUGAUAACAAUCUGCUUACUCACAUACCAAAAAGUAUUGAUGUCUUACAGCUCAAUAAACUCUGCCUUAAGAACAACCCCUUUGUUUGUGACUGUCGAACUUUAUGGUUCAAAAAGUGGUUGUUAAGAAAUAUUCUUUUAAUUGACAACUUACGUGAGGUCACUUGUAAUAGUGAGAGCAAGAAUGGACAUCAAAUAAUUCAUGUCCCAGAUUAUAAAUUUACAUGCAAGAAUCCCACUGUGUUUCACAAUUAUGCCAAACCAGUCGCUGCAGCUACAUCAGUGAUAUUAAUUAUCAGCGUGAUUGCAUUUUCAUUAGUAUAUUAUAGAUUUGAAAUCAAAGUUCUUUUAUAUGUCAGUUUUGAAUGGCAUCCUUUUGAUCGCGGGAAACUUGAUCGAAACGAAAUAGUAGAUCUGACAAUUAUACACGCUAUAGACACGACAGAAUUUGUAGACGAGCAGUUGGUGCUACCAUUACAACAGUUAGGUUUUGUUAUUUGUAGUCAAGCAAAUGAUUUUAUUGCUGGAUAUUCUGUGCAUGAAAAUAUCUCCUCGGCAGUAUUUUAUAGCAAGCACGUCCUUCUAAUAUUAUCGGAAAAUAUGAUAUCCGAUUCAGUUUUAUUAGAUUUUACUUUGGCUGAGUGUCAAGAUAAAAUGAAAGUGAAUAGAGCAAAUUUUCUUCUAGUAACAAAUAUCGCUCGAACUUGCAGAGUUGCCAAGUUAAACAAAGAAUUACAAAAAUAUAUAAAGCUUCAUCAGCAUUUAAGAUGUCAGGAAUCACUUUUUCUAAGUAAAAUACGAUAUAUUCUGACUUCGUAUAAAACCAGUGCAAAUCAAGAUAUGAUGGCCGAUUUAAAUCACAGACGGUUACUUCCUAUAGAUGAGACUCUACAUUAUACCAAAAAUCAUGAAUAUGAUUUAUUCUUUUGUUAUUCGAGUGAUGAACGUGAUUUCUGCCAAAACAACUUAAUACCUCGAUUGGAAAAGGAAUCAUACAGAAUUUGUACUCCGGAUAGUCAUUUUCAUCCUGGUGUUUGUAUAUUAACAAAUAUUGGUCUCGCUGUCGAGUCCUCGUCACAUACAAUUUUCGUUACCUCAAACCAUGAUUCAUUUGAUGAACUACAACUAUUUGUGUUUCAAAGGGCAAUAGAGAAAACACGUUUUCAAAAGUAUAACCAUUUGAUAGUUAUAUUAAUUCAGGGAAAUACUAAUCAACCAAGAGAAAAAGAUAUGAUCGAAUAUUUUCAUUCUUUUGUUUACUUAGAGGUCAAGGAUAAACAGUUUUUCUCGAGAUUAAAAACGGCGAUACUUCAACCGAAUAGAAUAGACAUUUCUGAUGUUAAAGUUCGAAAUGCAAUUGAAAUUACUUCUAUAUGAAAACGCAAAAAUAUACAAUAAUAUAAAAUAAACACAUGUUACAUGAAGGAUCGUUGUUGAAUCGUUGUCUCUUUCGAUUUUGCUG